CUAGCUAUACGUCGCACCUUCAUUUCCCCAUUCCUUCGUCGAGUCGUCGUCAUCGCCAUCGACGGGGCUUCUCCCCGGAAUCAGGUGGCGCGGCGCAGCUCGGCUGUCCUCUCCUCUCUCCUCCGGGUCGCCGCAGCCCACCGCCGAUACCAACCGUAAUAAUCCCCCCUACGGCCCCCUCCCCUCCCCUCCCGCCCGCCUGCCCAGAUUAACCUAAUCCCGCGUACCUAGGGUUUGUGCGAUGGCGGUGCCGCGGCCGUCGUGGUCGCGGUCGGUCACAGAGACCGUGCGGGGAUCGCACCAGUACACGGUCAAGGGUUUCUCCCUCGCCAAGGGCAUCGGCCCCGGCCGGCACCUCUCCAGUGACACCUUCGCCGUCGGCGGCUACGACUGGGCCGUCUACCUCUACCCGGACGGAAAGAACCACGAGGACAACGCCAGCUACGUCUCCGUGUUCGUCGCCCUCGCCUCCGAGGGUACCGAUGUCCGCGCCCUCUUCGAGCUCACCCUCCUCGACCAGUCCGGCCGCGCCCGCCACAAGGUCCACUCCCAUUUCGACCGAUCCAUGCAGGCCGGACCAUACACCCUCAAGUACAGAGGAUCCAUGUGGGGUUACAAGAGAUUCUACAGAAGGACACAGUUAGAAGCAUCAGAUUUUUUAAAGGAUGAUUGCCUAGUAAUGAACUGCACAGUAGGUGUCGUCAAGAACCGUCUCGAAACACCAAAGAAUAUCCAGAUUAAUGUUCCCCCAUCGGAUAUUGGCCGUUGCUUCAAGGAGCUCUUCGAACUCCACAUUGGCUGUGACAUAACUUUUGAAGUAGGUGAUGAGAAAGUCCAGGCACAUAAAUGGAUUCUUGCCGCUCGCUCCCCGGUGUUCAAAGCCCAAUUCUUUGGACCUAUUGGUAAACCUGACAUGGACAGAGUUGUUGUGGAGGAUGUUGAACCUAUCGUCUUCAAGGCAAUGGUCAAUUUCAUAUAUUCUGAUGAGCUUCCUAGUAUUCAUGAAGUAGCUGGGUCUUUCUCAAUGUGGACAUCUACUGCGGUAACACAACAUCUGUUGGCAGCAGCUGAUAGAUAUGGGUUGGACCGGUUAAGAAUCCUAUGUGAGGCAAAGUUAUGUGAUGAACUCACUUCUGAAACAGUAGCGACAACCUUAGCCCUAGCUGAACAGCACCACUGUGCUCAGCUCAAGUCUGCCUGUCUAAAAUUCACUGCUGUUCGACAAAAUCUGGGAGCUGUGAUGGAGACAGAAGGGUUUAAUUACCUGGAGGAGACUUGCCCAUCCUUGCUGUCUGAUUUGUUAGCAACCGUUGCAGUAGUGGAUGAUGAUCCUGCAUCUGUUAACCGGAAAAGGGGAGUUUGUAUCAACGAAGAUGUGAAUCCCGUUGAAAGCGUUGAGGCUAGUGACAGGCGCACCCGCAGGAGGGUUUAGGCGGAGGCUGUCAACUAAUGUAGCUUUUUGCUGUCUCCCAUGAAUUUUACUAUGGCUGGAGUUAUGUCAAGUGCUCUGUGACAGGAACUUUGAUUUGGAUGAGAGCAACUUGUGAAUAAUCUCCAGCAUUGACGGCUUUCUGUGGCGUUAGUUGCAACUCUGCCUGUUCAUUGACAUAUUGUAUGCCGUAUUUAGGUACUCCCUCCGCAAAGAAAUAUAAGAGCGUUUAGAUCAUUAAAAUAGUGAUCUUUACGCUCUUAUAUUUCUUUAGGGAGGGAGUAAUAAGUAAUGCCGGAUUCCACUGCUUUCCAAGAUGGUUGUUUUCGAAAUGAAUGAAUCUAAUAAGGUAAGCUUCUAUACUAUGUACAAAUCGAUUUUCCUCCCUUUGGGGAUUUUUUGGGGCCUCCGGUUGGUUUUCCUCAGUUUGAUGUAUGUAAUUUGGGGACAUGGGUGCAUGGUGUUGAAGUGUAUACAUGUAUUGCAUAGCUUUUUUCAUCA